UGUUUUGAGGAGUUUCUUCACUUUGGACUACAUUUUGGGAUCUGAAAUGUUUCCUCUGUGCCCGUUGUGGCUCCUUCUCUCUGCUGCGCUCGUUGUGGCUGUGCAAACUGCCGGAGAUCUCCAGAGCUUCAGCACGACUGCAGGCAGCGAGCCGCCGGACCCAUGUAUGACUGUAUAUCCACCAUGUAUGAACGAGGCUGAUCGCUACAGCCUGGAGGCCCUGCGGAGCAUCCAUCAGAUGAUGGACGACGACCAAGAUGGUGGCAUCGAGGUGGAAGAGAGCAUGGAGUUCAUCAUUGAAGACAUGAAGCAGCAACAGACCCAAAAACACAGCAAGCUGCACAGAGAAGACCAGCACAUCACAGUGGAGGAGCUCUGGAGGGGCUGGAAGUCCUCUGAAGUCCAUAACUGGACUCAGGAUGAAGUGUUGCGCUGGCUGAAGGAGUUUGUUGAGCUGCCCCAGUAUGAGAGGAACUUUAAAGACUUUAAGGUCAAUGGAAACAUCCUCCCAAGGAUUGCCGCAAAUGAACCAUCUUUCCUGAGUGGUCAUUUGAAAGUGUUGGACCAGAGAGACAAACAGAAGCUCAACAUCAAAGCUUUGGAUGUGGUGCUGUUUGGACCGCCUACACGCCCCCCUCAUAAUUACAUGAAGGACUUGCUGCUCAUUGUGUCUGUGGUGAUGGGAGUCGGAGGCUGCUGGUUCGCCCAAGUACAAAACAAAGCCAGCAAAGUUCACAUUAACAAGAUGAUGAAAGAUUUAGAGAGUCUGCAGAGAGCUGAGCAGAGCCUCAUGGACCUGCAGGAACAACUGGAGCAAGCCCAGGAAGAAAAACGCAACGUGGCGGUGGAGAAGCAGAGCCUGGAGGAGAAGAUGAGGGAUGAGAUCAUGGGGGCACAAGAGGAGGCUCAUCGUCUGCACCAGCUGAGGCAAGGAGCGUUCACUGAGCUCAGCCGCCUACGAUAUGCAGAGGAGGAGCUGGAACAGGUCCGUGGAGCACUGAAGCAGGCAGAGAAGGAGAUGUUGGCUAGUUGGACCGUCUCAGACGCCCUUCAGCUGUGGCUCCAGCUGUCUCAUGAGAUAGAGGUUCAGUACUACAAUGUGAAAAAGCAGAGUGCAGAACUUCAGCUUGCCAUUGCCAAAGAAGAGGCAGAAAGAAUCAAGAAGAAGAGGAGUUCGGUGCUGGGGACACUCCAUGUGGCCCACAGCUCCUCUCUAGACCAGGUUGACCACAAGAUCAUGGAGGCAAAGAAUGCGUUGUCAGAGGUAACGGCCUGCCUGCGAGAGCGCCUUCACCGCUGGCAGCAGAUCGAGCUUUUAUGUGGCUUCCCCAUCAUGAGGAAUCCUGGACUAUCAAAACUCACCGCUCAACUCUACUCAGAAGCAUUGGCUCUGGGAUUUCCCAGAGUGCCACAGUCAUCCUGUUCAUGUCACAACUCCAUUCAUGGAUCUAUAGAAGAUCUUUUAGAUGAGCCCGCGGCGCCAAUUUUACCACAGAUGCAAAUUCCUGUUACACCACUUAAACGCUCCCCACGACUUCGGGGAUCCACCGUGCAUAGAGCACGUCGUCCCGGCGUCACUUCUCAGCCACAAGCUGCCAUGAUUUCCCCAGACCCCGACAUUCUGAUCCCUAUUCGUUCCCCUUACCCUUGUUAUGAUGAAGGAGAGGAGCGCAUCUUCAAAACUCUUAAAAAGCAAGAUUCCCAAGAGAGGUUUUCAGACUCAGAUUUUUCAACAUCCCCUCCUGUCACCAAAAUGUUUUCUUCUUCUACUGUUGAUCCUUCUCCUAGAAGGUUCCAUUGUGAUGAAACUGAGUUCCCUGCAGACAGGUCAACUGCAAAACAUUUGAGUCAGCAUGUAGAAACCUUUACUGAAUCUCCCAUUCACAAAUCUUACAUGGAUGAACACGAAACCUCACUUGAUGUUUCCCACAGAAAGAUGGCAAAAGACAAACCUUUGGAUCCUUCUUUAGAAACCUGUUUGGUAAAGACUUCUACUGAAGAGACUUUCAUACACACUACACCACAAAGGCUAUCCAGAGAUAUAAGUGACUUUUUCAUGGAUGUUGCACUUGGAAAGGGGAUUUCAGAUGAGUUAGAUACUGAGAUUUCAUCAACAAAAAUAGAGAAAGAUAUGAUGGGAAGUUUGAAAGAUAUAACUUCAAGAAAUAUCUACAAAGAGAGAUGCAAUUUACCGCUGGACAUGAGAAAUAUUCUUAGGACUGAUUUAGAAGCACCAACAGACAGACAGAGAAAGAUAUCAAGAGAUAUGAUGGGGACAUCCAUGGAUAACACCUCUAAAAUUAUUUCAAGAGAUGAUGCUGAAAUACUGAUUGAAUCUAGAAGAACAACAAGGAAUCCAAUGGGAAUGUCCCAAGACACAGGUUCUAGAAAGCAUGCACUGAAUACAGGGGAAAGUCAUCUUGAUUCCCCUGUAAGGGCAUUUGCAAAGGAGAAAAUUGCUGACAUGGCUAGAAUACCACAAAGAAAGAUAUCUAGAGAUGAGCUGGAGUAUUAUACAGAUACUGCUUCCAUGAAGCUGCCCAGAGAGAUGUUCGAUGAACACAUGGACACUCUAACCUUUGCAGAUUUACAAGAGUUUGGUCUGAGACCAUCAACAAGCAGAGGCAAACUGAGAAAUGAAGCUGAUGUAUCUGUCAGUUCUCUCAGAAGAAGAGUACCAAGAAUGCCAAGAGAUGACACUUACAUUUCAACAGAUACUUCAACUGGAAACAUUAGCAGAGAUAGAGUUGAUGUCCCAAUGGAAAUAUUAAAACAACCAGUACUUAUGGAGGAAGUGGGAACAUCCGAAUCCAGUUCUUUACCAUGGCACACUGGACAGCCAGACCUUAUGUUAACCUCUCAGCCACCAUGGAAGUCUUCCUCUGAGCUUCAUAACACUGGCCCAUUGAGUCAGCUUGUUUAUGAUGGAAUCCUUGAAAAGUCCUGCAGGCCCAUGGCUUCAGUCCCAACCACCCUGUCGGUCUCCACCCCGGUCCUGCCUCAGACCAGGCUGCAAGCUGAGGUUGAGCCACCAGUGCCACCAUCAAAAGCUUUGUUCCCAUCUCAUGCAUCACCCUCUGAAGGUGGGGAUGACAAGAACAAAGACAGGGAUAAAAGCAAGAAAACAUUAAAGCUUAAAAACCUUUUUAAAAAGAAAAAUGAGUCACCUCCAGAGAAGGUUCAGAGUGGUCUUCAGAAACUCUGA